AUGGCGGUUUCGAAUCAGAUGGCGACGGCGCUCCUUACUGAACACUUCCGCUACACACCAUUGACAUUGCUAGACGAAAUCAUCAACACCGUCAACGAGGUCGCCUUUCAAGCCGUUAAUGCCGUCGAAACAGGCCUGAGCAACACCGAUCCCGAAGUGCUCGGUUUCCGACGCGACCUCAACUCCGCCCUCUCCCCCGAAGCCGUGCAGGAAGCGAAACAGACGGAGAUUGAGAAUGGAAUUGUACAGUUGGAAACUCUACUCAAUGCGACAAUCGACAAGGACUUUGACAAGUUUGAGAUCUACACAUUGCGGAACAUUCUGAGCGUCGGUCACGAGGAAGAGCAGCUGGCGGAAUGGGUGCGAUUGGAACACUACAAGAACCUCGACAUCUCACCUUCCCAAGUCGCACCAACCCCAGAGCAAGUGCAAUUGGAGAGAAGGAAACUAUACGAGACGAUCAAACUCAACAACAUGCUCAAGGCGGAAGAGGCAAGAAAUCAAGCAGUGUUGUCGAAACUACACAGGACCCUCGGCGGCAAAAACCCAGCAUCACCAUUCGCCUUUUUGGCCUCCUUGCAGCCAUCUUCAAAGAAUGCGCAGCCGCAGUCGUUCAGUCAGAAUGUGCAAUACGCUGUCAAACAACUUCCCGCCCUUCGAGACAUGAUUGACAGCAUCAAAGCCUCUCUCCAUACCCUUCCCAACGCUCGCCAAUCAACCGAAGACAGCACAAGCCUGAAGCGCAUGCAAUACGUGGAGACGCAGUCGGGACGAGCGCUGCAAAGAAGAGGGGUCGAUGUUCAGGACUCCACAACGGCCGGCGCGGCAGUUGGAAGAAGGAUUGGGCGCGACGAGGUGGAAGGCAUCGAAGCGGUGGCAAAUGCGCUUGACAGAACGCCGGAUGAUGAGGACAUGGAGGAGUGA